AUUUGACCGGCACAGAAAAGUAUGGUGGUUUUCAGUGUUGUGACUGGAAGAUUGGCAUAAAAACAAUUUUUGUUUUCUUUUUACUCUACAAAUAUGGACGGAAACAGCCAAAACAACGAUAAUGGCCAGAAUAUUGGCGGGUUUGCGUACGGAAAUUAUCCGGAGUACUACUACCCACAGUACUAUUCUUCAUCUCAGCCCCAGAUUCCUCAAGGAGAUCCUUCGAAUGCUCUAACUUCUAUGGUAUAUCAACUUCAGCAACAAUCACAACAAAGACAGGCAAUAGGUGCCAUGGCAGCUGCUUCUAUAUCGUCUGUGAUUGGAGGUAGACAACAACAGGUUGAUUAUAAUGCCAGUUAUUACAGUGGAACCCAAGAUCAGAGAUCAGUGAUUAAUUAUGACGAUCUAUCUUUGACAAACGCUAGUGCUAGCGCACAAGAACCUACAAAGGAAACCCCUGACCCAUACUCCGCAACAAAACCUAAAUUAUGUUGUAAUCGAUGGUUGAAGAGCUCAAUAGCCGUUGCUCAACAUGAAAAGCUUCAUAUAAAAUGUCCUAGUUGUGAACAUAUGUGCCUAAAAUCAGCUUUACAAGAACAUGAGGAAAAUUUUCACGGAAAAGAGAAAAAAGAGAGUGACAAAAAACCAUCCCGUCCUGAUGGUAUUAUACCUGCAAAUGCUCCUAGAAUUGAAACUCCUGAGGAAUUGGAAGCUUGGAUUGCUGCUAGAAAGAAGAACUGGCCCAGUAAGGAUAAUGUCGCCAGAAAGGAACAGGAGGAUGCCGAGAAAGAAGCAAGAGGUGAAAUAUCCACCAAGAAACGUGUCGCCAAUAAAAGAAAAGAGCAGCAGAAUGUGAAAAAGCAAAAAUUAGAGGAAAAAAAAAACUCUUUAGUGGCACAAUAUGACUCUGAUUCAGACUCUGAAAAUGAUAUAAUGGAUCUUGAAAAAGACGCUGUAUCGUCUAAAGAUCCAUCCGCUGUAGGUAAAAUAUUGUUGCCAGAAGACCGUCCAAAGAGGAAAUGCAAGUACUUUUUGGUUGAUAAAUGCAGUAAAGGAGAUGAAUGUGAAUUCUCUCACGAAAAGCCGGAAUCAAAACAGAAACAAAAGCAUCCUAAAGCUGCUCCCACAUUUAGAAAGAAACCAAAUUUACUGUUUAAAGUAAGUUUCCCAUUUCCUUGUGAUCAAGUUUAUAUUUCUAAACAUUAUUUAGCUUUUGGAAAGAGAAAUACAACAAGAACAUAAUGUCAUAUUGCAGUGCCUUCGAUAUAUUGUGGAUCUAAAUUAUUUUGGCAAAGGAGAGAAAAGGGAAAUGGCCAACACCGAUCUGGUUCCCAGUGAGUUGAUUUACGAUGAGACUCAUGAUCCAAAUUUGACACUGGAUAAAUCUGAUAUUGGCCAAAGCAAAAACAUGGGUGAUGAUAUUGAAGCAAUUGAAGCUGACAAUCAAGAAGUGGCUACUGACUUGUUAGAACAAACACAAGCGAAUGAGGUGGACAUACCUUAAAUCAUCUUAAAUCUCAUAAACUUUUGGCGAAAAUGUAAAAUGAUGCCAUGUAAAUACACCAUGUAAUAUCGAAUAAAGAUUAUGUUUAUCUUAUGCAA